UACAUUUUCUUUUUUUAAUUUUUCAUAUCGUUUAGUAUUACUAUUCACCUUUUUUGCAAAUUGUGUAAUCUAAGAAAGUUAUUCAUUUUUUCCUAAACAUGCCUAUUAUAAAAGCUUUAGCCUCCAAUGUGGCUGUUCGCCGCUGGGCAUAUAAUCUUUCUGGUUUCAAUAAAUUUGGAUUACAUCAUGAUGAUGUGUUACAAGAAAAUGACGAUGUUAAGGAAGCAUUAAGACGACUACCGGCAAACAAAGUAGAUGAAAGAUCAUUCAGAAUAAUGAGAGCAAUGCAGCUUUCUUUACAAAAAAUUGAACUACCUAAAGAACAAUGGACUAAGUUUGAAGAGGAUGACCGUUAUCUACAACCAUACCUUGAAGAAGUCAUAAAAGAAAGAGAGGAAAAAGAAUACUGGGAAAAAAAUUACUAUUAAAUUUUUAUGUUAUGUAAUAUUAAAAAAAAAAAAAAUCCCAUAGUCACAAUUAAAUUCUUGCAACAAAUUACUAUUAUUUUGAGAAUGUUUUAAAAAUUGUAUUAUUAAACGCAAUAUAAUCUUA